AUGUUCAACGUCAUCACAUUGGCUGCUUCCGCCAUAAUCGUCACAACUAUCGGUUGCUUCAUCUACAUAGCCAUUAUCAUCAAUGACAUUGACGAUCUUCGGGAGAACAUCAGGGAGGGCAUGAAUGAAUUUAGAGCAGUUACGGAUGACACAUGGAUGAGUCUCAUGGAAGAGCAAUCAUCUAUUCCGAUGAGAGAUAGAACACUUGAAACCAUCUCUAGUUUUCUUGGUAGGACCAAAAGACAGGAAGAAGGAUGUGGUUGUGCUAAGAAGGCUGAGCUAUGUCCUGCUGGCCCUCCUGGACGCCCCGGACCUCCAGGUACACCUGGGAAAGACGGAUCAGAUGGAUCCAACGGCGUUAAUGGUCCCCCUGGAGUCAAGUUAUUCCUCGGAGCCAGUUCGGCGCAAGGCUGCAUAAAAUGUCCACAUGGACCGCCUGGAUUGCCUGGACAGCAAGGACCUCCAGGACCUCCGGGCUCCCCAGGAAACCAGGGCAUGCGAGGACCACCUGGAGACACUGGUGUUGCUGGUCCUGAGGGACCAGAAGGCGAAGCGGGGCCGACAGGGCACACUGGACACGAUGGCGUUCAAGGCCCCACUGGAAAACCGGGUGUAAUUUAUUUGCCAGGUCCACCUGGAGUGAAAGGAGAGCCAGGACCACGCGGUCCGGUGGGAGAGCCAGGAGCACCAGGUACUCCUGGCAAAGAUGGCGGACCUGGCAAGCAAGGUGCACCUGGAAUGCCUGGUAGGCCUGGGCGAAAAGGAUUGGACGGAAAGCCAGGAAUAGAUGGUAAAAGUGGUGACGACGGGAACGAUGCUACUUAUUGCAAGUGUCCGCCGAAGUCCAACAAAUUACCUAUCACCAACAAACGACAAAGUAAGAAAUUCUAG